AUGACAUCGUCGCUCGAACUGCGCUCAGUUGUGAACGAUCAUUCCUCGCCAUACAAUAUUCCUCCACAGUAGCCCACGUACGCAUGAUCGCCUAGAGAAGAUCCCUCCACCCGAGUCUUCCAACGAACAGCGCUCCGUUCCUCUCUCAACCCGGUGCAAUCGUCCGCCUAAAUAGGCGACACUCAAUCCAGGACGAACAGCAUACCCACCACUGCGCCUCUCACCAUGUCCAACCCGCUGGACACCGAUGCCGGCUCCGAGCUCUUCAGCACCUACGAAGCCGAGCUCAAACUCGUCGAGGCAGAUGUAAACCAGAAACUCGACCAAAUUCCCGAACUGACGGGCGAAGAGCGCAAAGCCGCCAUCCGCGGCGCAGAAAGAGCGCUAGACGAGGCGAAAGAACUGCUGGACCAGAUGAACCUUGAGAAAUCCAACAUCCCCACCUCCGCCCGAUCAAAAGUCAACUCGCGCUUCCGCAACCACCACUCCGACAUCGACGGCCUCACACGAAAGUUGAAAUCGCUCGUCGAUUCGGACCGUAAACAGCUCUUCGGCGACAGAUACACGGACGACCCCGAGGGAGGGUCGCGGGAUCUACAACUCGAGCAGCGCCAGCAGCUUUUGUCAGGCACGGAGCGCUUGGGCCGCAGUAGCGAUCGCCUGCGCGAGUCGCAGCGCGUCGCCCUCGAGACGGAACAAAUUGGCGCGUCGACACUGGCGGAUCUGCAUCAACAGAGGAAUGUGAUCGAACAUACGCAUACGAAUCUGCUGCAGAGUGAGGGAUAUGUGGAUCGGAGUGUCAAGACGCUGAGGGGGAUGGCACGUAGGAUGGCUACCAAUCGGUUGAUCACCAUUGCGAUCAUCACGGUAUUGGUGUUACUCAUUAUUGGCGUGAUUUACAGCAAGUUCAGGUAAAUAGCAAUGCAUUGUGGAACGUUUUGUGUCGAGAGGAAGGGCGUACUCAGGGCGAAUCGUCUACUCCCGUUUGUCCAGAAGGAUGGGGAUGUUGGCGUUCAGGAGCACCACUGCGGCAGGACUUUCCUAUUUGUGCCAAAAACAUAUCCUUAAUAUGUCUGAGGGCAGCUAUGCCUAUAGAUGCUUACGGCGGGAGAAACCAUGCCGUCUACCCUGUAUACCUAACAAGUCCCAAUCCAAUGUUGAGCAUAAACCCAAC